AUGAAUCCAGCUGUUAGUAAUAUUGCAUUAAUGCUUAUUGGGAUGCAAGUCGCCAAGAAAUUGGACUUUGAGGACUCCAAUGUACUCUUCUACACUAGAGCUUUCUACAUUGGAUGUCAGUUGGCCACUUUUCUCACCUACAUGUUUAUCAAAUUUAAAAUAGACCAAAAGAAUGAUCUCACUACCCUCAAAUAUGUUGAGCCUGCUAAUGCUAUGAGUGGUACUGAAGCUAGAGCUGUUGUUACUACCGUUAAGGAGUAUGAUUUGCAACAAGUGAAUCAACUCAUCAAGGGUAUUUUUACUGGAUUAGCUAUGAUGGGAUUUAUGCAUCUUUACAUGGGAUACACCAACCCCUUGAUUUUGCAAAGUGUUUCUGGUUUGAAAGGUGCUUUAGAGUCAAACAUGGCCAAAAUUCACUUGUAUGGGAAGGAAGCUAAUGGUGAUUUAAAGAGACCAUUCAAAUCUGCUCCAGGGUUAAUGGAAAUGUUGACAGGUGGUGCUACAAGCGGAGUUCAAAGCGACAAGGCUUCUGUUGAAAGUGCCGAAGUUAGCGGUUCUGGUGGAGUCAAAUUAGAUUAA